AUGGUUGCUGCUCUAGACCUGGUUGUCCGUCGAGGAUGGCGGGUUGGCACGCAUGCAUUUGGUGACAGAGCCGUGCGAAUUCUAUUGGAUGUAUAUGAAGAGGUUAUGAAACGACAUCCCAACAUGCCACAGGGGACCCUGGUUAUAGAGCAUGGAGGAUUCGCUUCAGCCGAGCAGCGAGCGCGAGCCGCGGCCCUCAAGAUUCCCGUUACUGUUCAAUUCCCGCUGCUCCAUGACGUGUCCGGCGUAUCUGAGCUCUACUACGGCCGAGAUAGGGUGUCGCAAGUCUUUCCAGUACGACAAUGGCUUGACUCAGGCGUCCUAACCACUGCUGGCUCUGAUUUCCCUGUUGGAAGCUAUGGCGCGAUGCACUCAUCAGAGGGCUUGACUACCCGCAAAACAGUCAUUGGAGUGCUGAGAGAAGAGCAUACUGUAACGCUACCAGAGGCCAUCAGUCUCCAUACAACAGAGGCGGCCAAGUUCCUGGGCGAAUCGCAUUCGAGAGCUUCCCACAUGCCGCCUACAAUAAGCCUCCCCUGAAAGACCCACCUGCUGUGUAUUCCUUUCAUAGCCCUUAAGAACAAGUCAAAGAGGCGUCAUUCAUUUAACAGCUCCUUGGGCAGUUAAAAAGCAAAAGUCCACGCCCUUGUCAGCCUGCGUCACGCUCUUCUCAUACAAGCCUCUAUAUCCUCGAGUCGGCUGUCUCCUAGAUUCCGCAGGACCCCGAGCUUCCAAUUUUCCUUCAAGCCUGUCAAUCCUAUCCUUCACCCUUGCAUCAAUCUCAGCAGAGCUAAGCUCUACUUCGAGCUUCUGACUCUCAACAUCGCAGUGUAUUAUAUCCCCGUUUUUCACAAUCGCCAAUACACUUUCCGGCAAAGCAGCCUCUGGCGAAAUAUGCAAGACAAUGCUCCCUCCCGCCGUGCCAGACAUGCGCCCGUCCGAUAGACGUAACAUGUCCUUGACUCCGCGAGCUGCGAGCUUACGUGGAAUGGGAAUCAGCCCAGCCUCUGGCAUACCUGGGCUUGAAAAGCCAAUAGGGCCUAUUCCCUGCAGAACCAAAACGCAGUUCUCGUCAACGUCCAGGUCUGGAUCGUCGAUGCGCCUAGCAAGAUCUUCAAGGCCGGCAAACACCACGGCUCGGCCUCGGUGCUUGAGCAAGUGUCGGUACUUGCUGGCACUGGCUUUGAUGACAGCCCCCUUUGGCGCAAUAUUCCCAUACAAUAUGGCGAGACUCGAGCAUGGGUAUAAAGGUUCAGCCAAAGGUCUAAUAAUUUGUGUAGAGAAAGGAAAGGAUCGGAAAUUCUCAGCAUCCAGAGCUUCUCCAAGUGUUUCGCCUGUUAUUGUCAGAGCAUCAAGCUUUAGGAGGGGUCGCAGAGUCUGAAAAAGAGCAGGAAUGCCACCCGCAUUGUGAAAGUCAGUCAUGUAGUUAUCGCCGCUGGGCUUGAGAUCAACAAGCAGAGGUGUCUUCUCUCCUAUCUCAUGCACUGUCUGCAGCGUGAUUUUGUCGUAAAUCUCCGGAUGGCGAUUUGCAAUAGCAAGCAGGUGGACAAUGCCGUUCGUAG